GUCGCUCAGCUCGUUUGUCAGUUGGGAGCCAGACGUCGACGAGGAAGGUUCGAGGGUUGCUUUGGGCUCGCUCGUAGCGCUUGCCUCGCCCGUCUGGCCUCGGCCCGCACGCACACCGGUGCAGCCCAGCUGAUUUGACUUAAGCAGACAUGAGUGGCUGCCGCGUAUUCAUUGGGAGGCUGAACCCUGCUGCCAGGGAGAAGGAUGUGGAGAGAUUUUUCAAGGGAUAUGGCCGCAUCCGAGACAUCGAUCUGAAAAGGGGCUUUGGAUUUGUGGAGUUUGAAGAUCCAAGGGAUGCAGAUGAUGCAGUCUAUGAACUGGAUGGGAAGGAGCUCUGUAGUGAGAGGGUUACAAUUGAACACGCACGGGCCCGUUCCAGAGGUAGAGGCAGAGGGCGAUACUCUGACCGCUUUAGUAGCCGCCGUCCACGUAGUGACAGGAGAAAUGCUCCCCCUGUUCGAACAGAAAAUCGUCUCAUAGUAGAAAAUCUGUCUUCCCGAGUCAGCUGGCAGCCUAUCUGUGUCGUUGGCCUUAUGACGAGGAGUGCCUGUGGGUUAUCCUAAUCGUUCUGUCUUGGUCACUCUUGGUUGGGCCUGGUUGACUUUCCAGUCAGCUCCUACAAUGUCAGUUGGCCACCUCUAGAUCUGUGUUUGCCGGUCUAGACGUAAUCGAUGCACUUCCUUAAAGUGCCACAUUGCAGCGAUCCCAGAGAGUUAACGAGAUCUGAUCCCUAAGUUGAGAGCUGUUCCUCCUGUAACGCUUCCGAAUAAGAGGUCCUGGUCGAAAAGAGUUGAAAGAUGCGCGUUUAGGUGGUCGUUGGAAUCCUGAUCGCAGUAAAGUGGUCCUUGGUAACUUCAAGAGUAGAAAAUGUCUGCAUCCAUCAGUAGUCUGCUAAUAGGGAGGGCUGUGCGAUUUAAAGGCUUCCAUCGACUGGGUAGUGUUCUUCAAGUGGGUGGCGAAGAGCCAGUCGGGCAUAUGUCAUGACGGUAUCUCCGAUCGCUUAAUGCAGUUUGCUGCUUGGCUAGCCUAGGGAAAUAUUAAUGAAGGUAAAGUAAACUAUAUUUUUAAUGACAUAUGGGGCACAAAAUUACUGGUGUCUUGUAUAUGUUCUGUAUAAGCAUAAGACUUGUUCUUCAGUCUUUCAUUUUUUAUGCUACAAAAAUGUAUGGGAAGUAGCUUGCACUCAACUCAGUACAUAGACUAAUAUCUUCUUUUUAAUGUUAAAUCUGACUUUUCAUGAGCAUCUUGCUUUAAAGGCAAAUGCUGUGGCUUUUUUGUUUUUUGGUUUUUAUUUCAUACCCUGAUCUACAUAUCCUUUUUUGUGUAGAAUACAAGUGUGGCAUUGCCAUGUUUGUAAUUUAUCUAACAUUUUCUCUUUCAGUAGUCGUUUUUGUUUUUGUUUUUGUAUGGGGUUUUUGUUUGGUUUUUAAACUUUAUAUACGCAUAAUUAAAUUAAAUGCUAUAAUUUCUUUGAAUAAUGUAAUUGGUCUUAUGUUAGGAUCUCAAAGACUUCAUGAGACAAGCUGGGGAAGUAACCUUUGCGGAUGCACAUA